CUCCAACCGACAGGCGACAGCCACCUCUACUCUCUCUCUCUCUCUCCACGGAGCUAAAAAAUCACACACUGAUAUUUCACUCAAGAACCAGGGAAAAAAAAACCACCCACUAGCUUCACUUUCUUUGCAAAUCUCACUCCCUAGGUGCACUCCAACCCCAAACCCUUCUCUCUCCUCUGCUUUAGACGCAGAAGGAGAAGGAAACCAUCAGACCAAGAUGGGAUCAGUGUCGCUGAAAAUAGGAGAUGGCACAGCCAGAUUCAAGAGAGCGACUGUAUGUUCCUCAGCAGUUAACGUUCUUAUGAUCUUCUCUGUCAUCUCUACUAAUCUCUUUGCUCUCUAUGCCUUCACAUCCUCUUCUAAACACCAUCAAAAUCAUCUCUUUCACAAUACUCACAAGAAUAUUUCUCUAAUCUCUGAGCAAGUCUCUCUAAUCUUAAGAGAGAUAGAUUCUUCUCAAAAAAAGCUUGCAAAGAUGGAAAAGGAGCUUUUAGGCUACGAAACCAUCGAUAUCUCAAGACCCAACAUUGCAAACGAGCUCAAACUUUUUCUACAACACCACCAGCUUCCUCUUGGUAAAGAUUCAAGAACUGGGAUUACUGAAAUGGUGGCUUCUGUGGGUCAUUCCUGUGACAAAUCUGCUGAUUUGUUGUCUCAAUUCAUGACUUACAAGGUUUCUGGGCCUUGUCCUGAUGACUGGAGCCUUGGCCAGAAGCUGAUUUUGCGUGGAUGUGAGCCUUUGCCAAGAAGGAGAUGUUUUGCCAAGCCUGUUCCUAAGGUGGGUCUUUCCCCUUUUCCUAUUUCUUUGUGGAAACCUGUUAGUGAUAAGAUAUUGACAUGGAGUGGUCUUGGUUGCAAGAAUCUUGAGUGCUUGAAUAAAAAGAAACUGAGUAGAGAUUGUGUUGGUUGCUUUGAUUUGGCUAAUGGGUAUGAGAAUCAAAAGUUUGUUAAGGUUAGAAGCAAGAAUGAUUUCUUAAUUGAUGAUGUGUUAGCUUUAGCAAGUGGAGGAAUUAGAAUAGGAUUUGAUAUUGGUGGUGGGUCUGGCACCUUUGCUGCUAGAAUGGCAGAAAAUAAUGUGACUGUAAUCACUAGUACUUUGAACAUUGAUGCUCCUUUCAGUGAAUUCAUUGCAGCUAGAGGGCUUUUCCCUUUGUAUUUGAGCUUAGAUCAUAGAUUCCCUUUUUAUGACAAUGUGUUUGAUUUGGUUCAUGCGUCUAGUGGACUUGAUGUUGGGGGCAAACCUGAAAAAUUAGAGUUCUUAAUGUUUGACAUUGAUCGGGUAAUGAGAGCUGGUGGAUUGUUUUGGUUGGAUAACUUCUAUUGUGCUGAUGAUGAAAAGAAGAGGACUUUGACAAGAUUGAUAGAGCGAUUUGGUUAUAAAAAGCUAAAAUGGGUUGUGGGAGAGAAGGUAGAGACAGCUGGGUCAGGCAAAUCUGAGAUUUAUUUAUCUGCAGUCUUGCAAAAGCCAGCAAGAGUGUGAUUAUUGGAGUUUCCACAAGAAACUACAAGAGGUAAAAGGUAAGGAUAUCACUUACAUUUGUAGGUUUUUUUUUCUUUUUUCUGCACAGAAUUUGUACCGGUUCGUUGCCCAAAUGGUCAUGAAAUUUGUUUGAAGGUGCAAUAAGUACAUUACCUAUCAUUUCUUUUCCUCAAAUGCAAACCUGCAGUGGAAACUGGAAGGCCAUUGUAUCUGUUCUGUAAUUUAAAACAGAUUUUUAUCUUUUAUUAUGUACUUUAGGGGAUUUUAUUAUCCAAGCUAAAGCUAAAGCAAAUUGUUUAGGAAUGGAAAAAAUUUUACUCUAUUCUUGAA